AGGAAAAGGGCACGCUGGAAAUGCCACAGUGUUGCUGAUUCCCUUUUUUGUUUCCUUAAACAUGGAAAAGCAAACAAAAAGCUGUUAAAUACCAUCCCAGCUGCUGCCACAGUGUCAGCCAGGGACGCUGGCCGAGGGAAGUGACCAGGUGACAGCCUGGCAUGCCUUCCUCAUGGCAGGGAUGGAGCCAAAGGGGAGCAGAAGAGGCACAGGGAGGGGGGUAUGGGGUGGAAAGGGACCCUAGAGCACCCCAGGGCUGAGCUGAAAUGUACCCUCCCAAGGGGAGCCCCAGCUUCACCCCUGUGAGCUGGGACAGGCUUCUUCCACACCUUUCCAGCUCCUGCUGCUGUCCCACCCUCAUGGAAGUGCCUGCAGUCUCUGCCUACUGUGAGGUGGGGGCGUCACUCAAGGGGCUGGAGCUGUGUCCCCCCCGAUGCCCCCAUUCAAGAAAUGCUCCUCAUUGCCCUCCUUUCCAGGCCCCGUGUCCCAAAAGCAGCAGAGUGGCCCUGCAGAGGGGCAGUGCUGUGCUCAGGGGUGGUGUGGGAAGGAAGCAGGGAUGUUUUGUUGGCACCAAAGACCAGCUCCAUGAGGAGCAGGGCAAUCCCAGAGCUCUCCCCUGCUUGCUGCCUGCCAGCAGUGCUGCUCAGGGGGGUUUGCAGCCCAGUUUGGGGCAGGACACUGAAAUCCUGUAUUCUGCUUUCACUGCUGUGUGUCUGGCACUGGGGCAGAGCUGGCACAGUGUGGGGUUCCCAGUGCUCCCUGUUUGGCCUGUGUUGGUCCCAGUGCAGUGUCCCCCCCCUCCAGGACUCCUUGUGCCCUUUGCUUCCAGGCUGCUCCAGCUUGGCCAGAGCAACAGAGGAACCUCCUGAGGCUGCGGGGCUGCGAGCCAGGGCUGGCCCUUCCUCCAGAUCCCUCCUUCCUCCUCCUCCUCCCUGCCUGCUGUGGUCAGCACCAGCCCCUCAGAGCAAAGGCUCGGCGGUGGGUGAGGACAAGCAGAGACAUCCCGCGGACACCAGCAUCCGCGGUCAGGCCAUGGCAGCCCAGCCACUCGGGGGCCAGAAGCCCUUCCACGUCGUUUCACCCGUCCUGGAGAGCCUGUCCCUCUCCAAGGCCGUGGGCACCAAGGUCUUCAUGAAGCUGGAGAACGUCCAGCCCUCGGGAUCCUUCAAGAUCCGGGGCAUCGGGCACCUGUGCCAGGAUGCUGCCAAGAAGGGCUGCCGCCGCUUCGUCUGCUCCUCAGGAGGGAACGCGGGUCUGGCAGCAGCGUACGCAGCCCGGGAGCUGGCCCUGCCCAUCACCGUGGUGGUCCCCAGCAGCAGCGGCCCCACCCCCGUGCGCAAACUGCAGCAACUGGGGGCGACUGUCGAGGUCUACGGCAAGGUGUGGGAUGAUGCCAACAGCAGAGCCCAGGAGCUGGCUAAGACAGAGGGCUGGGUCAUCAUCCCCCCCUUCGACCACCCCUUGGUGUGGGAGGGUCACGCCAGCCUGGUCCGGGAGCUGAAGGACUCUCUGGAGGACAAACCAGGCGCCAUCGUGGUGGCGGUGGGUGGCGGGGGGCUGCUGGCCGGUGUCGUGGCCGGCCUGCAGCAGGUGGGCUGGCAGGAUGUCCCCAUCAUCGCCGCCGAGACGCUGGGAGCUCACAGCUUCCACGAGGCGCUCAAAGCCGGCCGGCUCGUCACCCUGCCCGACAUCACCAGCGUGGCCACGUGCCUGGGAGCCAAGACAGUGGCGGCGCGGGCGCUGGAGUGUGCCCAGGAGUGCCAGGUGCUCUCGCAGGUGGUGCAGGACGCCGAGGCCGUGCGGGCUGUGCAGCAGUUCCUGGAUGACGAGCGGCUGCUGGUGGAGCCGGCGUGCGGAGCCCCCCUGGCCGUGCUCUACUCGGGGCGGCUGCGGCGGCUGCAGAGCGAGGGGCGGCUGCCGAGCCCGCUGCGCCCCGUGCUGCUCGUGGUGUGCGGCGGCAGCAACAUCCACACGGCCCAGCUGCGGGCCCUGCAGAGCCAGCUGGGGCUGGAGUGACACCCGCGCCGGGCAGGGCAUGUGGCAGAGCCCGCCUGGCACGCUCUGCUUGCUUUCAUUCCCAAAGAACCGAAAUAAAGCCUGGGGACGCGGGCCGGGCUCCUCACGCAGCCUUUUUCAGCAGGCAGUGUCCAUGCAGGGAGGGGGAAACUGAGGCACGGGGGUCGCACUGCAGGCACAAGGUGCUGAGGGUGGGACUGGGCCCGCACAUCCCGCUUUUCCCCUGGGACAUGCCGGGUAUUCUGCUCUGCCCCCUCUCCUCACUCCCCCUGCUCCUCCCCAGGCUGUUCGGGCUGCAGCUCCCCUCCUCAAUUAGCAAACGCUCCCUUUCUGACUAAUUACUUUGCUACUGUCUUUAUGCAUUAUUAUUGUAAUGAUUAUUAAUUAUUACAAUCCUCUCCCGUUCCUGCACAUUGGCUGUGGCCAGACGAGAACAGCACUCUUGUUUCGGUGAUUU